AUGAGCUCAUUUGAUCCACAGAUACACUCACCUCCACGCUGCAGCCCACAAUUUCCAAGCAUCGGCCAGGAACCACCUGAAAUGAACAUCUACUAUGAAAAUUUCUUCCACCCACAGAACAUUCCUAGUCCACAACGGCCCACCAACUUUGAAACAGGGGACUAUUCUGCUGCACCCAAUCCUUACUUGUGGUUAAACGGACCUUCCAUUAAUUCUCCACCUUACCUGCCAGGAUCCAACGGCAGUCCAUAUAUCCCACAAUCCUAUGGAAUGCAAAGGCAGCUCUUGCCCAACAUGCAUGGCUUGACAGGGAAUGAAAUGGGCUGGCUCCCUAUGCCUUCUCAAGAGGAGCUGAUGAAGCUGGUCAGACCACCUUAUUCCUACUCUGCCCUGAUUGCCAUGGCCAUCCAUGGGGCACCAGACAAGAGGCUGACACUCAGUCAGAUCUACCAGUAUGUGGCAGACAACUUUCCCUUCUACAAUAAAAGCAAGGCUGGUUGGCAGAAUUCCAUUCGUCACAACCUGUCCCUCAACGACUGCUUCAAGAAGGUGCCCCGGGAUGAAGAUGACCCAGGGAAAGGCAAUUAUUGGACUCUGGAUCCCAACUGUGAGAAGAUGUUUGACAAUGGAAAUUUUCGGCGAAAAAGGAAGAAGAAAACUGAUUGUAGUGCCAGCACAGUGACUUUGGCUUCUGAAAAAUCAGAGGACAGUGCCUUAAGUGGCAGUCCCAAGGCUCCAGAACACCAAGAUAUUUUGGAAAACUCGUCGGGAACCGAGAGUUCACCUGAAAAGAGGUCUCCUCCACCACCAUCCACUACUCCCUGCCUCAACAACUUUCUCUCCAGCAUGACAGCUUACAUGAAUGGGUCCAAUUCAGUGAACCGCUCGGUGCCUCUGGGACUUGGCACUGAUGCUGGGGACAAAAUGGGACAGAAUAUGGUAGGCUUCAACACAUACACGCCUCUUCCCAGUCAUGGGGGUGGUGAAUGGUCCAAUUCCAUGUCCUCUGGUCAUCUUGGCUAUAGCAGUUCAGUACUUAACCAGUUCAACACCAGUUUCUACAACAGCUUAUCUGUCAAUAAUACUCUGUAUGCAAGAGAGGGAACUGAAGUGUAAACAAAUGGAGGCCUUGUGACAGGAGGAGUAUUGUGCAAGGAGUCAGAAACAGAAACUAUGUCAGGGAAAGGACUUCAUGUGAGCUAUCCUCUUCCCCAUUUUUCUUAGACAGACCAAAGUUGCUCUGUUAACAGGUUUCCAGGCAGUGAUGUUCACAGAAAUCAGUGGCUUCAAAUCAUACAAAGACUUCUACUCAUAAAAAAUUGUAAAGAAGAGCAUAUCCUUUUCACUUGCACAUUAGUCAAUCAGAAAUAAUUGGUUUCAGACUUUUUGACAUUAAAGCAGAACAGAGCG